UUUUUCUGCUCGAAUUGACUGAAAUUUACUCUGUUAUUGGUUGUCAAAGAAUAUUCUAAAUACGUGAGUACAUUGCGUGCUAGUGAUUUGAUCUAAUUGCACUACUGAAUAUAUACAGUUUUAUUGGAGAUGCAUCACGAACUAUACGACUUCCCACUUUGGUUCUUCGUGCUCGAAGGGAUAACUCUGUUAGCCCUACUUCUACUUACAAUUGUCUCUUUUUUACUGUAUUUCAUCGAAAUUCAAAUUAUUUUUGCAUAUAGGAAAACUACUUUCCGAGGACCAUUCUAUCGUUUGAUGUUUGUUGGAAUAAUAGUCGACAUGUUAUCAACAAUUAAUAUGUUCACAGGACAAGUGAUUCCUGCUCGAAGAUGGUUUGAACCAUUUUUAAUCUACAAUCAAAGUUGGCUUGGCUCAAUAUUCUUUGUAAUAACGUAUGGUGGAAGAUGUAUUCAAGGCGCCACGGCAGCUAUUCUAUCAUUUUGUAGAGUUUGUGCAGUUUGCUUUCCGAUUUUUUAUCACAAGCUCGGUGAACCAUGGUACCUUCACACAAUGCAAGCAGUUCAAUUGGCUGGUGGAGUAAUCGCUUUUGUGAUUUUGUGGCCGGACUCCUAUGAAUAUAUUUUGGAAGACAAUUGUUUUUACUCGGUUGGAUCGGAUGACACUGAUGCAGAUUGGUUCUAUAAUUUUGUAGCAAUUAUGGAAGUGGUUUUGGUUCUGGCGAUAAUUGUGAAUAAUGUGGUUACAUAUACUAUGUUCAGAUUGAAAUUUAACAAGAAAUCUGCCAUCAAAUCAAACUCUAUUACACCAAGUCAACAUCAAUCGAACCAAGAGAAACAAAAACGAGAAAAUGGACUGGACAAAAUGACGUUCAUAGUGUGCCUGGUUGAGCUGAUCUAUUUUGCAUUUGUAGUUUAUUCACUUCAAAUCAAUCAAUACAUGAAUAAGCGAAUAUUUUACUUUUUAUAUAACAUCCUUUGUGUCAUAUAUUCAACGUUCUCAGCCUGGAUGCUUCUGAUCAUAUCAAAACCUAUUAAUUCUCAAGUUCGUCAGCGAUUCUCAAAUCUCGGUGGUAAAAAGUUGACCCGGUCAAUUUCAAUAUCCGUCCAAGGAAGUCGAGAUAAUAACAAAUCAUGA